AUGGCUACUCUCGAGCAAAGAAACAAGGCGAUUAUUGCCAAAUACUUUGAGGAAUAUUGGGUAAAGGGAAAUGUCUCAAUUGUGGACGAGCUCUGCUCUGACGACUUCAUCAUGAGCUACCCUAAUCACGGGCCCCGUCACGGCAAAGAAGGGGCGAAAAAGAUGCUGACCGAGUUUAUGGAGGCGUUCCCUGAUUUGACAUUCAGGUCUUACCAAACUCCAUUGAUUGCGGAGGGUGACUGCGUCGCAGCCCAAUGGGUUGGCGGCGGCACACAUACCGGCCCCAAUACUGGCAAGAAGAUUCAUUUCAGUGGCAUCUCCAUUUUCACACUCAAGAAUGGCAAGAUUGUUCGCGAGAUUGCAGAGGAAGGGGGAUUGACUGUUCUUCAACAGCUGGGACUUGUUCCUCAGCCCAAUCCCGGCAAAGAGAUUAUUUACGACGCGGAGGGAAACCAAGUCUACUGAAAUGCUCUAUUUGUACUAUAUGGAUGAAUUCAUUCUCAAAUUAC